AUGAUGUCAAAUAAAAAAGGAUUCACAAAGAAGAAAUUAGCCAAAGUCUGCUUCGAUUACACUCCAAAUGCUGAAGAUGAACUCGAGCUUCAUACGGGGGACGUUCUUGAAGUAUUAAGAGAGGUUGAAGUAGGCUGGUGGGAGGGUCGGCUAAAUGGCAAAACAGGAUUGUUUCCUUCAAAUUUUGUGGAAAGUUGUGAAAAUCCAGAUGAUGAGGAGAAAGAAAAAAGUGUCAAAACAGAUGAACCAGAAAAGAAAGAUAUCAGUACUGAUCCUGAAACAAAAGGGAAGAAAAUCAAAGGGGUUGGAUUUGGCAAUAUAUUUGAAAGGGGCCCUAUUAAAUUGAGACCUUCUGCAAGUGGGUGGAAACCUGAUGUUGAUGAUGCAAAGGGCGAGAAGUCUCCACCUGGCAAUAUUUCAGCCCCGGUUAAGAAAAACAAACCUUUUGGUCCUUUUCUGAAUGUAGCACCCGAGAAGGCGAUUGCUCGCUUCUCCUAUCAUGCUGAGAAUGAAGAUGAGCUGAGCCUGAAGGAAGGAGACAUAAUCACUGUCAUUGAGAAAGAACUAGAAGAUGUUGGCUGGUGGAAAGGUGAAAUUAAUGGAAGGAUUGGCGUAUUUCCUGACAACUUUGUGGAGUUGAUACCAUCCCAGGAAGAGCUACCAAAACAGAAGAUGAGCUCCUCUCAGAGCAGCAGCAGCAACAACUCUGGAAUGAGAUCCACUCGCAGUAACAGCGAACCAAUUUUCAUUCUUUGUUUUUCAAAUAUUAUUUCAGCUUUCUUUCUUUUUGAUCUGUGUGCUUUCAUGUUAGACUCUUCAUUAUUAUUAACUUUCUGA